AUGGCGGAACUGGCAUAUUAUGACUGCUCAGACUCACUGCUCCCCAUCCACGACACAACAGAAACCAUCCUCGUCCUCCCUUUACGAGAGUUUAUUCUAUUCAUCUUUUACAAAGACAGCGAAGAAUCACCCCGGGAUUCGAGUAUCUCUAGUUUUAUGUAUACUCGAGCCGACCUAAAGUUUUCACAGAACAACCAUACCAUGCGUCUUAACACACCAACAUCGAAUUCGGUCGGAGAAAAAGUCCGAAACCACAUCUUCAACACCGUAAACGACCACUGGGGAAUCAGCCAAUUCUCCAAAACCAACCUCCCCCUCCCCAUCUUCCACAUCCACUUCAUCGCCCACCCAAACGAGGACAACUCUGGUAGCGACGGGCAACAACCCACCAACCACUGGACCAUGUACCUCGAAACAUCACCAACUUCCUCGGUCCACGUUGACGUCGCUCCAGAUGGUAACGAUGUUGCGAUGGUCAUGCUUGACACGGAACAGGUCAAUUAUGACGCCUACAACGUCUUUCACAAAUCGCUUCCUGUGAUUGGUGAGGGCUGUAGUGUGGCGACGGUUCUAGAUGUCUUGAUUACAAAGAAAAGGGACGUGUAUAGGUUCACUCCGGUGGGUGAAGGAUGUCGAUACUGGCUCUCCAUCUUUGUACUGGAUCUGGUGGAUGCUGGAUUGGUGAACAGGGGAAAGGCUCAAGACGCCAUUGAUGGGCUUGGGAUGUAUUGGUCUUUUCCUCCUGGCACUGGCUCAUUUGCAAGAGAGAUUGCAUGGGGUUCUCUCACUGUGGGAGUUGGCUUGUUUAUGCUGCAAGAGAAUUUUAGAGACCAGUUUUUGACACCGAUGGACACUCUAAACGGAUGCCUGUGCAGUGUGGUAUUGCACUCAGGAUGCAAUGGCUUGGUAAAAUGUAAAAGGGUUGGAUGUGAGACUCAACAGUACCACCUACAAUGUGUUGCAUUGGAGAUAGCCCCACGAAAUUGGGCAUGUGCCUGA